AUGGAACGCCGGCAAUCUUCAAAAGAGAAACGACCUCGCCGAGAAGCUUCCAAGACCGCUUUGGAGCUAAUCACGAAAAUUGCAAGAGCCGAACUUCGUCUGCCAAUGAUUAAACAUGGUAGGAGAAUGCGUCGAAUCGGCUCAAAUGUUGCUGUUAGUACUGAGGCAAUCGUGGAACCCGCGAGAAAUGGAGAGGAUGAACGCGAGGAAAUCAUCAAUACACCGAUUCAUCGACAUCAAAUAAGUCCAAAACAAGCCAAAGUUUUGUCCAUCUUUCAAGAGGAUCCAAAUUCUCCCCAAAAAGCUACAAUCAAUCAAGCUGAAAGAAAAUUCGAUUAUGAUCUCGUUGAUGAUUAUGAUGUCACAUCGAAGGCCGAAGUUGUUCAAGAAAGUGCUGAGCUUCAAAAUGACAAGAAAGAGGUUACUUCGAAAAGGAUUCAACAUAGAGAAAUUCGUCGUGGACGUAUCACCGAAGUUAAAGUUGGACCUUGGACAUUCUCGCUCUUCGAUAUGAUGCAG